AUGCUCCAAGUGCCCCCUUCCAAGGAGAUGCAGCUUUACGUUCGCGACCACGAUUACCACUGGUAUUUCUUGACCUUUAUAGUUGAAAGCCAUUUGUUUUGUGUCCCAAAGUACCGUUUUGUAGAGGACUCAGACGUCUUCUGUGAGCGAUACCAAAUUACCGAUGGCGAUGACGAACACGACGUGCAAAGUCGUAUCCCACUCGACGUCGGCUUGGUGGACUUUCGAAAUUUCCUCAAGGCGUUUUAUCCUCGACAGCGAACUGGGACGCUUGAGCUUUCUGACGCGGAGUGGAUCUCUGUGUUGAAGCUCUCUACCGAGUGGUUCUUCAACGACUUACGCAUGGAAGCUAUCAUCCAACUCACCGAUGCCGACAUUGGAAUCAUUGAGCGAUAA